AUGCUUCUCGAAACUCUCCUCCUCACACUCACACUCCCCCUCCUCUCCCUCGCCGCCCGCCCCAAGAACGCAAUUCUCCUCUCCGAAGUCCGCACCCUCACCCUCCGCGGCAAUGGCGCAAAAACCGCCUCCCGCCGCGUCGCCCCCGUGCCCCAACUCAAAUGCAUUUCCUCAAAGGCCGUCUGCGACCUCUUCCAGAUCGACGUCAUGCGCUGCACCAACCAGGGCUCCUCAUACGGCACCGAAGACAUCGAAUGGAGCUGCAGCGCUUCCCUACCCGAGGAGUUCAAGCUAGGCAGCACUGAUGUCAUCUGCGAGGGCUACGCUUCUUCUGAUGAUCCUUAUGUAUUGAAGGGAAGCUGUGGCGUCGAGUACAGGCUGAUACUCACCGACAAGGGCGAACAGCGGUACCCGGACGUGGCUAAUCCAAAUGGCCGCUGGUUCAGUGACGGCGAAGGAGGAACAGAUCUAGGCGCCUGGGCAUUCGCAGUCAUCUUCUUCGCGGUCCUCGGAUUGAUCAUCUUUUCAGCAUGGCGUAAUGGGACCAACCCAGAACAGAGACGUCCAGGAGGAAGAGGUUAUGGCGGAGGAGGAGGAGGAGGCGGCGGCGGCGGCGGCGGCGGCGGCGGCGGUUGGGGUCCAGGCUGGGGUCCAGGGAACGAUCCGCCACCACCUUAUCCAGGCACAAAACCUGAUGAGACUCAGCAAGGAUGGAGACCUGGAUUUUGGAGCGGCCUUGCUGGGGGAGCAGCCGCUGGCUAUAUGGCGGGAAAUCGAAACAACCGGCGGGAAGAGAGGUAUCCCACACGGGGAUGGGGUGCUGGGCCUUCUGGAUACGAAAGCACAGGUUUCGGUUCGACACGGCGCAGAUAA